GGCUGUGUUGGCUUUGGCUGGCUGGUUGCUGCUGCUGCUGCUGCUGUGGCCUCGGAAGUUCAUUUUCCAGUUGAGCGUUUCAGUCUGAGCAGGCCCGAGGUGCCAGGUGGUCGACAACCGAUUCCUCACGCAUGGUGCUUGGCUGAGUCGUUGCUGGACGAGCCACCCCGCCAGCAAGGACGAAAUGCCGCGUGGAAACCGAGUCGUCGACUCUGCCGAACAGCAGUUCAUCCAUGGGGGGACGACCAUUUCGGAGUUCAGCCACAGGGAGUUUUCCCAACCAGCCACCUCGUCUCACCUGACAACGAGCAGGGGCGACGACUACGACGUGGAAGUGAUUGGCUACCAGCGAAAUGCGUGCAAAAUUUUCUUCACGUGGCUCUUGAUCCUUCUGAGCGGCGGACUGUUGCGCCUGCUGUUCCACUGGUGUCCCCACUGGAUGCUCGUCUGCACGCAUUCCAAAUGCCACCUGAGGAAGGCUGGAUCCGUCCUCGUCAUCGAAACAUACCAGAAAAAGAAAAAGUCCCACGCCGUGAAAAAGAUCGAGGUUCUCUCGGCGAGGGACGUGCUGUCCAGCGACAGAUACCAGACCGCCGAGUGCAGCGAAAAGCUGCCACUUUACUUUGACGACGGAUGCUUCAGAGAAUUGGAAAUCGUGCGGCUGCUCAACUUCAAACGAGAGAAAUUCAUUUGGGACGACGACCGGCAGCUGUUCAUCGCGAUUUGCGGCCUGGACACGUCGGACGACAUGCAAAACGUGAAAAACGACCCCCAGGGCUUGACAGAAAAUAACCAGAGACUGAGAUCCAUAGUGUAUGGGCAAAACGAAAUCAACGUGCCCCUCCAGGGUGUCGGAACGCUCAUCCUGCUGGAAAUACUCAACCCUAUUUACUUCUUUCAAGUAUUUUCGCUCACUGUUUGGUUAUGUGAAAGCUACUACUACUACACAAUCGCCAUCAUCAUCAUGUCAGUCUACGGAAUUUCGUCCAACGUCAUCCAGACCUACAGGAACCAGAGGAAUCUACACAGCACCGUUCACUCGGUGGACAGAGCGCAAGUGCUGCGUCCCGACUCGAAAACAGAACACAUUCCGACGACGCAACUGGUGCCAGGCGACGUGCUGGUGAUUCCGUCGCACGGCUGCGUGAUGCAGUGCGACGCCGUUUUGCUUCGCGGCACCUGCAUCGUCAACGAAAGCAUGCUGACUGGCGAAAGUGUGCCGGUGACGAAAACGUCGCUGGUGGCCAACUACAAGCAGCUGGACAAGAGGGAGAAGGCGCACCACACGCUCUACUGCGGCACUCAGGUCAUCCAGACACGGUACUAUGGCGGCGAGAUGGUGCUCGCCGUCGUCACCAACACCAGUUUCAUGACCGCCAAAGGAGAGUUGGUCCGAUCGAUUUUGUACCCGCCGCCCGUCGACUUCAAAUUCGACAGUGAUCUCUUGAAAUUCCUCCUCUUCCUCGCCUUUGUUGCUAGUUUUGGACUCGUUUACACCAUUGUGUUGAAGAUUAUCAAAGGUGCUCCAUGGACUGAUAUCGUUAUCAAAGCGCUGGACAUUGUGACCAUCACCGUACCUCCUGCAUUGCCUGCUGCCAUGACGGUGGCUCGAUUAAAUGCUCAGACUAGACUGCAGGAGGACAAGAUAUUUUGUAUUAACUCCCAGGAGAUCAAUGUUGCCGGCUCCAUUAACUGCGUGUGCUUUGAUAAGACUGGUACCCUAACCGAGGACGGCCUCGACAUGUGGGGAGUUCUUCCUGUAGAAAACGGACAGUUCACUGAUCCCUGCCACGAUGCUGGUGAACUGAAAGCGUCCUCCAACCUGCCGCUAGCUAUGGCUGCUUGCCAGUCUCUCACGCUCAUUAAUAAUGAGAUCAUGGGAGACCCUUUGGAUUUAAAAACGUUUGAGUUUAGUAAGUGGCAGUUUGAGGAGCCAGAUAUUGACGAUGCGUCCAAAUACGACAAUAUCGUCCCCACGGUUGUCAAGUCGCCUGAAUCUGAUUUUAAUAAAAAACAAGUGGGAAUUAUCCAGCAGUUUCAGUUUUCGUCGAGCCUUCAAAGAAUGUCUGUGAUAACGCGUACUUUGGGACACAAAGAAGUCUUUGUUGUGAGCAAAGGAUCGCCUGAGAAAAUUUCUUCGCUGUCCAUUCCAGAAACAGUUCCUGAAAACUUCCAUUCCGUGCUGAUGCAGUAUUCAAAAGAGGGCUACAGAAUAAUCGCAAUCGGCUGGAAAACUUUGACUGGCUUGAGCUACCCAGCGGUGCAGAGGCUGCCCAGGGAGGAGGUCGAAAAGAAUCUCACCUUCGGCGGGCUCAUCAUUCUGGAAAACAGACUCAAGCCUGAAACGGCCGACAACAUUGCCAUUCUGCACAGGGCCAAAGUCAAAAUGGUCAUGGUCACUGGGGACAACAUUCUCACUGCUGUUAGUGUGGCCCGUGAGUGCGGAAUGAUUGCCGAAGGGGAGCACGUCAUCGAUGUGCAAAGCGUCGAAGCGACUGCCGACCAUCCACCGAAAAUUUACUUCACAUCACAAGACCACGAGAAAUCUGUUAAUGGUUCUGGCGAGUGCCGCCUGCAGCCAUACGCGUUCGCCAUGAACGGCACCACUUGGAGUAUUAUCAGGGAUUCUUUCCCAGAACUUAUCCCCAGACUGAUUGUAAGAGGCGCCGUCUUUGCCAGAAUGAGCCCUGACCAGAAGCAGCAGCUGGUCGGACACUUCCAGGAACUUGGAUACUAUGUCGCCAUGUGCGGAGACGGCGCGAACGACUGCGGCGCUUUGAAGGCGGCGCACGUGGGCAUUUCCCUGUCGGACGCGGAGGCGUCGGUGGCGGCGUCGUUCACGUACAAAGAGGCGAACAUCGCGUGCGUGCCGAUGGUGAUCAAGGAGGGCCGGGGCGCAAUCGUGACGUCGUUCGGCGUGUUCAAGUUCAUGGCGGCGUACAGCCUGACGCAGUUCGUGUCGGUGAUGAUCCUGUACUCGAUCGACAGCAACCUGACCGACUUCCAGUUCCUCUACAUUGACAUCUUCCUGUCGCUGGCUUUCGUCGGCUUCUUCGGCAACACGAUGGCCUACAAAGGCGCCAUUUCCGCCGAGCCGCCCAUCACGAACCUCAUCUCGGCCGUGCCGAUGGUGUCGCUCGUGUCCCAGAUGCUGCUCAACGUGUGUCUGCAAUUGGCCAUCUUCGCCCUGGUGCAGCACCAGCCGUGGUUCAAGCCGCACGCGCCGCAAAACUCGAACGACUACGCCUGCUCCGAAAACUACGCUGUGUUCGCCGGCUCGCUGUUCCAGUACAUCCAGAUGAGCAUCGUCUUCUCCAAAGGGCCGCCGUACCGAGAGAGGAUCUGGACCAACUACUGGCUCUCCGCUUCCAUCGUCCUGCUGACCAGUAUGUGCGUCUACAUCACCGUGUGGCCGGCCGAGUGGCUCGUCGCACUCCUCGAACUAAUCAUGCCGCCGGAUAUCAGAUUCAGACUCUACGUCAUCGUGUUAGGCGCCGUCGGGUUUUUCCUCAGCUUCUUCUUGGAGGAGUUGCUGGUCGAGGGCGUCGUGCAGACCAAAGUCAAGUCUGCAGAGAGGUCAUUCGAUUGUGUCAUGAAGGAGAUGGACGAAGACACCAAGUGGCCUGUCCUGUCCGCCAAACUCGAGGUGGCCGAGCCGCAAACGGCGGUCGACGACGCCAAACCUCACGUGCACAUGACUGUGCUGAGGGAAACCAACAAUUUGCCUUCGCCCGUGAAUUAGCGAGUGAGUGAGAAACGAACGAGAACUUUGCCGUGCAUUUAUCAAGAAGCUAUAAUUGCCCACAUGCUGAUUUACAAUUAUUAUAAUUAUUUCUGCUGCCAAAGUUUAGAAAAGCACAUUUAAACUUAUGAUACCUGAGGAAUUUACUAUAAAUUAUAACUUCAUAAUAAAAAAGGAAUAUUUUUUACCAAUGCAAUAUAA